AUUGGUCAAAAAUUUUAAAAACCAAGUGAAAAUCUGCCGGAUACAAAAAAGGAGUUUAAUUUGAUUAAUCUUGACCCUCCUUGUAUUAUUGUCUAAAGGUUUUAAAUAAUUAGAGUCUAAAGUGCAAAAGUCAAUCUUAGUAAGCAGCAAAAAAUAACAGCCGACGCCGCUGCCGCACUUGUACAUUCGUUACCUACAAAUCCAUUAAAUCUGCUUCCCCGCUCCCGUUUUCUUUUAAAUUUGUUUUUUCUUUUUUUUUAAUAAAAACACAUAAAAACCACAACAUACAAAAUGUUCAUCUGGGAUUGGUUUACUGGUGUUUUAGGAUACUUGGGUUUAUGGAAGAAAUCUGGUAAAUUAUUGUUCCUUGGUUUGGAUAAUGCUGGUAAAACAACAUUGUUGCACAUGCUCAAAGAUGAUAAAUUGGCCCAACAUGUCCCAACUUUGCAUCCCACAUCGGAAGAAUUAUCUAUUGGCAAUAUGCGUUUCACUACAUUCGAUUUGGGCGGUCACACUCAAGCACGUCGUGUGUGGAAAGAUUAUUUCCCAGCUGUAGAUGCUAUCGUUUUCUUGAUAGAUGCCUGGGAUCGUGGUCGCUUCCAAGAAAGUAAAAAUGAAUUAGAUUCCCUUCUCACAGAUGAGGCCUUGUCAAAUUGUCCUGUUCUGAUUUUGGGUAACAAAAUCGAUAAACCUGGUGCUGCCAGCGAAGAUGAACUUAGAAAUGUUUUUGGUCUCUAUCAAUUAACCACCGGCAAGGGUAAAGUAGCACGUUCCGAUUUACCCGGUCGUCCCUUGGAAUUGUUCAUGUGCUCGGUACUGAAAAGACAAGGUUACGGCGAAGGUUUCCGUUGGUUAGCGCAGUAUAUUGAUUAAGUUGUGUAGUAGUUUGGUUGUUUGAAAAUCGUAUUGUGGUGGCAAAACAACAACAAUAAUAACAAAAGAAGAUUAAACAACAAAAAUUUCUAUUAAUUUUUACAUCAAUUAAGAAGCAUUAUACAAUAUUUGUAAUUGCAGCAGCCAUUGUUUUCCUCCUUCUCCUUCUCAUAACAGACAACAAGAAGCUAACAAACAGACAUAUUAUUACAUCAACACUCUAAAUCCAAGAAGACAAAUGUUAUACACUAUUCAUUCACAAACAAGAUGAAAUCAACAACAAAUAAACAAACAACAACAAAAUACAAAAUAAAAAACCAUAAAGAUAAUAAUAAAACAUAAUAAUAAAUCAUAACAAUAAAAUGAAAAAUUUAAAAAAAAAAUAUCUAUAAAAUUUAUAAAAAUAAAAACAAUUUACUGGGAAGAAGGCGCAAUUUUAACUUUAUAAAAAGCAAGAAAAGAAAAAUAAAUUUUUUUUUUCAACGCAUUAAAAGCGUAAAAGAAAAUAUUUUAUUUGAAAGAGAAGUGCUUUUUUUAAAACGAUUCUUUAAUUUUUUGGUUUUUAUUAAAAAAAAAAUAAAUGAUGCAUCAUAAAUUCCAUACAACAUUAUAAAUAUACUCUUGCAAUUUAUGAUUUUAUUUCUUUUUUUUCCAAUUUGUAACUAGUUCCAACCUCACAUACAUUCUAGCUUCUAUUUAAUAUUAUAAAUACUAUUUCUUUUGUUUUAGUUUCCUAUUUUAUUUUUCUUUUUCAUUCAUAAGUUUUAUUAAUUUUAUUUAGCUUAAAUUUUUUGGUCUUGUAAAAUAUUCUAAUAAAUGAUGAUUCUCUGUGCAAAACAACAAAAACUUAAGAAAAGAAAAUAAUAUCCUAAAUAAACGGAAAAUAUGUCCUUUUUUACAUAA